AUGGAAUUUGUUGAAGAGCGAUUGGGUGACCGUCUGAAGCAGAUAGAGCGCGACGACAUGAAAGUACUUAACAGGCAAACCGACUUCGAGCACUCAAUUGGGACCUCCAAAGGGAUGAGUCGCCUUAGGAAGGAUGAGUCAACCGAAGCCAACAGCUUCGUUCACAGUAGCAGCUUUGUCCAGCAAAGAGUUACAGCAGCAACUUCGUCCAAUAGAGGAGGUCCAACUUCGUCUCUCUCGUCUAAUGCUCUUUCACCAAGUUAA